AGACAAAUGAAUUGAAGUCCAUUAAAAUGUGAUUUAAAACAAGGUCGGCUCAGGAAACGUCUCAACAAUUCUUUCCGCAAACUUCAAGCAGUCAAAUAACUGAACAUAUGCUAUGUUGAGGCUAAGAGGCAUUAUAACGGUAAAUCUGGACAACAGAGCAACAACUCGCUCUUGCUGUGUCGUUUCACCUCUAAGACAAGUCGUACACUCUUGCCUCAUCUGUAUUGGCUGAGGGGCAGAUUGAAAAAAGUCAACACAUCAAUGGGUUGCAGCAAUGACAUUUACCACAGUGUGGUCAGGAUUCCUGUCGUGAGCGCUAACGCUCAGAGUUAGGCUACUCUGGACCGGGGUAAACUACGCAUAAACCAUGUUGCCAUUAAAACUGGUGCUCUACGUAAGCUCUCUUUUCUCCGGUGCUAAUAUUUGCGUUGGAUUUGUUGUCAACCGAGCGGGGCGAUCGACAACGUCGUAUGAAUCUAUUUCAGAAUUUCUGUCAGACGCCCCGAAGCUUACGGCGUCUGAGUCCUGCAAAAACAGGUGCUUUGAAUUGGUUGACUUCAAACCCGAGGAAUCCACUCAGUGCCGCUGUGACAACCUCUGCAAAACUUAUAACAGCUGUUGCUCCGACUUCGACGAGCGCUGCCUAAAAACAGAGGGAGGGUUUCAGUGCAGUAAGGAACGCUGCGGAGAGACCCGGAAUGAGCAGCACGCAUGCCACUGCUCCGAGGACUGUCUGGCCAGAGGAGACUGCUGCACCAACUACAGGACCCUCUGCAAAGGUGAUACGUCUUGGCUGCAGGAGGAGUGUGAGGAGAUUAAAAAUCAUGAGUGCCCAGCUGGAUUCGUCCGCCCUCCGCUCAUCAUGGUCUCCGUGGACGGAUUCCGUGCUUCCUACAUGAUGCGAGAAAAAACAGUUAUGCCCAACAUUGAUAAACUUAAAACAUGUGGAACUCAUGCCCCUUACAUGAGGCCAGUUUACCCGACAAAGACGUACCCUAAUUUAUACUCUGUUGCCACGGGCCUUUAUCCUGAGUCCCAUGGAAUUGUGGGUAACUCUAUGUAUGACCCUGUGUUUAAUGCCAACUUUAAUCUCAGAGGCAAGGAGAAGCUAAAGCAUCGUUGGUGGGGAGGUCAGCCUAUCUGGAUCACAGCUAAGGAGCAGGGAGUCAAACCUGGCACAUUCUUCUGGCCUGUCGUGAUUCCUCUGGAGCGGAGAGUGCUGACCAUGCUACAAUGGCUUAACCUGCCAGAUCCAGAGAGGCCUUAUGUCUACGCCAUGCACUCUGAACAGCUGGACGCCUAUGGCCACAAAUUAGGACCACAGAACACUGAGUUGAAUGGUCCUCUAAAGGAGAUUGAUAAAGUGAUUGGGCAGCUGAUGGAUGGCCUUAAACAGAUGAAGCUUCAUCGAUGUGUCAAUAUCAUCUUGGUCGGAGACCAUGGAAUGGAAGAGGCGCAUUGUGACAGAACCGAAUUCCUAAGUUCCUACAUGUCGAACGUGGAUGACAUUAUGCUGAUCCCUGGGUCUUUGGGAAGAAUCCGGGCCAGAUAUCCUGACAGCCCUAAGUAUGAUGCGAGAGCAGUCGUGGCAAAUCUCACUUGUAAAAAACCUGACCAGCACUUUAAACCGUACCUGAAAGAGCACCUUCCCAAGCGCCUCCAUUACGCGAACAACCGCCGCAUAGAAGAGAUUCACCUGAUGGUGGAGAGGACGUGGCGCGUUGCUAGGAAAUCUCCUGAGGGAAAGAAGCCUCCUGGCAAAUGUGGGUUUAAUGGAGAUCACGGUUACGAUAACAAAAUCACCAGCAUGCAGACCGUUUUCAUGGGAUACGGCCCGGCGUUUAAAUUCAAGACUAAAAUCCCUCCGUUCGAAAACAUUGAACUUUACAACGUUAUGUGUGACCUGCUGGGUUUAAAACCCGUGCCAAAUAACGGCACCCACGGCAGCCUGAACCACCUGCUGAAGAACCCGUCUUACAAGCCCAGCAUGCCUGAGGAGGUGUCCAAGCCCAGCCCCUCAGCCUCCCUCACUGGCCUCACUGACGACCUGGGCUGCACCUGCGAAGACAAGUUGCGUACAAAAAGUAGAGGGCAGAGGGCUUUGAAAGUGGCCAUAGUAAGAGGCUAUAACCUGGAGUCACUGUGGCUCUGUCUGUUACAGAACAAAGUGGAAGAACUCAGUCAGCGAGUGCAACAAGCUAUCAAUGACAGCAAGAACCUCCCGUACGGUCGACCCGCCGUUCUCUUCCGAGCCAAGUACAGCGUCCUGCACCACGGCGAUUACAUCAGUGGCUACAGCGAGGUUCUCUUCAUGCCUCUGUGGACGUCCUUCACCGUAAACAAACAGGUAGAUGUCACGUCUCUGCCUGAGGCUCUGAGUAACUGUGUGAGACCUGACAUCCGUGUUCCUCCGGCUUACAGUCAGUCCUGCACCAUGUACAAGGCCGACAAGCAGAUCUCAUACGGUUUCCUCUACCCACCACAGUUGGCCUCAAGCCCAGAAACACGAUAUGACGCUCUUCUCAUUACCAACACUGUCCCCAUGUAUCCGGCCUUCAAACGUGUGUGGACUUAUUUCCAGAAGAUACUGGUGAAGAAAUAUGCCAGCGAGAGAAACGGGGUGAACGUGGUCAUGGGGCCGAUAUUUGACUAUGACUACGACGGCCUGAAAGACUCCGACGACAAGCUCAAACAGUACACCAGCACGACAGUCCCCAUUCCCACUCAUUACUUCAUAGUGGUUACCAGUUGCCUGGACAUCGAUCAGACUGUGGACUUGUGUGACGGUCCUCUGAGUGUUUUCUCCUUCAUCCUCCCGCACCGUCCGGAUAACGAUGAGAGCUGCAACAGCUCUGAGGAAGAGUCCAAGUGGGUGGAGGAACUGAUGAAGAUGCACACGGCGCGGGUUCGAGACGUGGAGCUCCUCACGGGCCUGGACUUCUACAGACGCACCAGUCGGCCGUACAGCGAGAUACUGUCCCUGAAAACAUACCUCCGCACGUACGAGAGCGAGAUCUGAACCACUAGACCUGCACUAGCCACAGCACGUCCCUCCCCACCACGGUUAGGUGUAUAUUUUGUGUACAAGCAGUUGUAUUUAUUAUUCGUGACUAGUUAAUCAUAUUGUCCUCCAACGUUUUUUUUUUGUUUUGUUUUUUUUGAGGGGGCAAUGAAUCAUACGCAAAAUUGGACUUCUUUUUAUGAACUGUAGUAACUGUGAUAUGCUAUUUGUUGAUUUGUGUGUGUGUGUGUGUGUGUGUGUGUGUGUGUGUGUGUGUGUGUUUGU